AUGGUGGCAUGCUUCGCCGAGUCAGGUGGUUUGUGUACAGCCCUAGUUAUAGGCAUCAUCAGCCGCCUAUUCCCUAUCAAUGACGAAACGAAUGAAGAAACCGAAUCCGAUUAUGCGAGUAACCCAUUUCGUGUAAUUGACUUUAUUGAUUUCUACCUGUCUUGCCACGACCACAAAGAUGAUAAAAUCGUCAUAUGGGAUCGCCUCACAGCACAGUCAGCCGAUUCGGACAACAGACUACCGAUCGAAGAUCGCUUCUUUGUCCCUGUUGCGUCUACCGAGGACAUGUCACUAGGUCGCUGGCAGCUGGUUGGUCACAACGUGCGGUUGAACAUACAAAAGAUGGACCCAGAUGAUAUUGGUAAAACAGCCAAGUCCAUACAACUAAGCAAAGUGGGCAAUGGGCGUGGACUUUUAGAUGGUGCGCUCGAACUUGCGUGCCACCUCUACCCCGAAGAACAAUGGGGUGGUGUGCGCAAGGCCUGGGGUAUGGUCAAAGCCCUGAGACCCAACCCAGAAGUUGCCUCGUCCUCAGGAGGCCCCACGCGCCACAUGUCAAACCAGUGA